UACUCGAUCACGGAGGACACCUGUGUAUCGGCAUCGUUGAGGUCCUGGGUUCGGAUUGUUGCAGAAAAUGAACUUUACUAUAUUUUCUUGUGUUUGGGUGUUUUGGUGGUCAUAUAAGUGCUGUGUUCUUAUAUUUAUGUAUGUAUCUAUUUAUUUUUCAAUUUAGGAAAAUUCUUCGAAGAGAUCUAAAAACAAAUUUAUAUUCAAUAUUGAAAUUGAAAGAAUAUUGGCUAAUAGUUAUUUUUGCGGUCCAUGUACUGAUUAUAUAGGAAAUAUAAAAAUAAAAUAAAAUAAAAAUGUGAACAGAAAAUAGAUCUCGUAACGACUGACCACCCAAGCGGCUAAAUUGUAUAUCUAAAAUAAUACUAAAACAGAGCUUCAAUUAUUUUGCUUAGUGUAAAUUCUAUUUGUCUGCCAACAACUCAUUAAUUUCGUUAGUGCCUGCCUACGUAUCAAAACUAAUGUCCCGACAAAAUGAAUUGAUAAUGCUCUAUAUCUAUUAAUAAUAUGUUUAUUUUGUUGCAGAACGCAAAAGAUAUGAGCUGAAAGCAAUCAUCGUAACGCCCAGGUGGUCUGAGGAAAAGUUAAUCAAAAUGUCCAAUAGAUCUCAAACACUGUUGGACAUAUUCCAAGAGAUAUUAGCUGCGUCGAGUAAUACAUCAGAGGGUUACAAUCAAACUCAAAUUUUGUCAGUUCUUCGGGAACAAUCCAAGAAUGGCGUAGAAGAUCUCGAGGCAACCUUAGUGAAGAUGGUCAAGGAUGCAAAGAAAAAAUUGAAUGUUAAUUUUGGGGCGUGCGACUACUGUUCUGGUAAUUUCUGGGAUGUCGUUGAAGCAUACAAUAGCUUCCAUGGAUACGUCAGCAUUUUGGUGAGCAGAAUAUUACUUAUUACAAAUUGAACAUUCAUAUUCACAAAUAAACAUGAACCCAACAUACGCCAUACAUGCCAUAGUCUACAAGUGAGGUUACCUGCGAAGGUUUUCCUACCAGAUCAACUGCAUAUCACUAGUGUGUCGCACGGUUGAAGCUCAAAAACUUGAAAGAUAAACUCUAUUCUUAUUUAGUAUCAAUUAGUUAAUUCAAUAAACAUUGCUAUUGAGCUAUCGGCGCUAUUGUACCAACUCAAGAGUACGAAAAGUCACAAUUGCAAUGUCGACCGAUCGCGAUUGCGUUCAAGAAUAAGCAUGUCGGUCUAUUCCCACACACGCUCUGAUCUCCUUGCACAGAGAUUAUGUAAACCUCUUCAGGAGACUAUAGAGUAUAUGGAUGCCUUAAGAUACCUACUAUAACUCGUAAUAAAACCUGUUACUUGUAAUUUUUUUGCAAAAACUAAAUGGAUUUUUGAAAUCUAAAAGAAAAUUACAAACUGCAUCUACUUUCAGGUAAAAGUUUUAACCUGCGGGUUUUACCAGCAUGGAUGCGAAAUAAAACUAGUAUCAAUAUUUUUACUAGUAUAAUAGGAGCUCGAUUGCGCAGUGGUUAGCGUGCUAGAUCUGCUAUACGGUUGUUAAGCAACUUUUACAAUGCCCGGUCAUAUGAUUGGUAACCAAAAAAUUUAUUAUUUGGGAUUCUUCUGUGUUUCGGAAGCCACGCUAAGCCAUAGUGUUUCAGCAUUGGUGCCGGCUACAUCUGCAGACGUUAAUAGCCACCAUACCGCACUGGGCACGUGGUGGGGCAUGGCCCAUUCUUCCUAUUCGAAUCGAUUCCAUCCAUGGAGAAGGCCUGGGUCCUGGAGCAGUGGGGACAUUAAUAAGCUGGUGAUGCUAAUGAUGAUCAAUAUUUAUUAGAAUACGUUUAGUUCUGAUUUUGACACUUUAAUAUCCCGUUUCAGUUUUGACAUGAUAAUCAUGGUUUUGUAUUUUUAACUUUUCAGGGGUGGCAAUAGUGAUUUAAAGAAUUGUUUAAUUUCAACUUUAUACAUAUUCCUUAUGUCUAUACUAAUAUUAUAAAGAAGAAGAAUUUGAUUGUUUCUUUGUUUGCUUGAUUGUUUGUUUGCAACGAAAAGGCUCCGAAACUACUGAACCGAUUUUAAAAAUUCUUUCACUUAAAGAAAGCUACAUUAUAUGCGGUGAGCAUAAGUUAUAUUUUAUCUCGAAAAACAUCAAACAAAGAAAAGAAAAUGGGAGCCAAAAUUUGUAUAGAGAAUUAAGACGUUACCAUAGCAACCAUUGUUUACUAUUCAAUAUGUCGUUGUAAUUAUAUCCGUGUCAUGAUAUGAAUCGAUAUCCAAACAAACAAUUUCCUAGGCGGAAGGCUAGUUUACUUAUAUUUUAGCAUACUUCUGGAUUGCAAAAGGUUAUGGAUUCGAAUGCCAUCUCUGGAACUGGUGAAAUUUUAAGCACUUUUCUCUCAGAUUACUUGUAUUAAUGUUAUUUUGACUUUAAAUUCACUGAUGCGUUCACUAUAGCAAUUAGUAUGUUAUUACAAUCACAAAUAAUAUCAAGUAAAGUAUUGAAAUAGAUCCUGCUUUAGAUUAUAUAUCUAAGGAUCCUACAUAACAUGAUCAUUACUUC